UGUGUGAAGUUUACUGACAUUGAAGCGGAAACUUGCCGAGUUCGGACCCGCGGGUUUACCAGCAGCUCCUCCAGCACCUCCACCUCCAGCGGCGGCAGCAGCAGCUCGGACUCGGGGGGAAGAUGGCGCGCAGCUGCGGCUGUGCCACGUCUCGGUUUCCUCCCAGAGAAGCGGCCACACUCGCCGCCUGGCUCUGCGUGUGUCUCCUCUCCUUACCCUGGGCUGCGGAGGCCGGGCUGUACACCUCCUCCGACCAGAUCAUCCUGUUGACUCCGGAGAACGUGGAGGCGGUGCUGGUGAACUCCUCCGCGGCCACGGUGGUGGAGUUCUACGCGUCGUGGUGCGGCCACUGCAGGAUGUUCUCUCCGGUCUACAGAGGGCUGGCUAUUGAUAUUAAAGAGUGGAAGCCAGCUGUGGACCUUGCAGCGAUAGACUGCGCUGAACCUGUGAACAGGAAGGUCUGCAUCGACUACAGCAUCUCAGGGUAUCCGACCAUCAAGUUCUUCCAUGCCUACAAAAAGGCUGACUCCAACGGCCUGCCUUUCAAAGGGUUUAUUCGCGAUGUUCGAGGUCUCCGUCACAAGAUCAUCGACAAACUAGAAGCCCACGUGCCCUGGCCCCCCGCCUGCCCCCCGCUGGAGCCCACCAGCGAAGCCGAGCUCGACAGCUUCUUUGAGACAAACAAUGUUCAGAACCUGGCCCUGAUCUUUGAAGAGGCCAGCUCCUACAUAGGCCGAGAGCUUACCCUGGACAUGUUGCAGUUUGACAACAUUGCCGUGCGGAGGGUCCUGAGCACAGAAGAAGGACUGGUGACCAAACUGGGAGUGACUGAGUUCCCAUCGUGUUUCCUCUAUUAUCCUGGAGGCAACUUCAGCAGACUCAAAGUCAUCGAAGAGGCUCGUACUUUCUACUCUUACGCCCUCCAGAGGCUGCCGGGGGUGGUGCGGUCAGGAAAGCCUCCACCGGUCGCCACAGAUGUCCUCAGCAACAGCACAGAGGAUCCCUGGAGACCAUUCAACAGUUCCAGGGUGUACAUGUUGGACCUGGAGUCAACGCUGCACUACUCCCUACGUGUGGAGGUGGCAGCUCACACCAUCAUUAGAGGAGAAGCCCUGAUUGCUCUCAAGAAGUAUGUUGCUGUCUUGGCUAAGUUCUUUCCGGGCCGUCCUGUGGUGAUGAACCUGUUAAAGAGUUCGAGCUCCUGGCUACAGAACCAGUCUGGAGAUGAGAUUUCCUACGAGGCCUUUAAAGAGAUAGUGGAUAACUCAGCACAGUCUCCAGACACAGCUUUGCCCGAGGGAGAGAGGUGGGUGGGCUGUCAGGGUUCACAGCCUCAUUUCAGACGUUUCCCUUGUGGGUUGUGGACUCUGUUCCAUGUUCUCACUGUCCAGGCCAAGAAGGUUGGAAGCUCAGAUCCUCAGGAGGUGCUGACUGCGAUGAGGAACUACGUCCACAGCUUCUUCGGCUGCAGGCCGUGUGCAGAGCACUUUGAGAACAUGGCGAGCGAAGGUCUGGCCAUGAUGAACACGUCGUCGCUGGCCGUCCUGUGGCUGUGGGCCAAACACAAUCGCGUCAACAACAGACUAGCAGGGGCUUUGACUGAAGACCCCAACUUUCCAAAGAUCCAGUGGCCUUCACCAGAGAUGUGUCCCUCCUGCCAUACGGUGGAGGAGGACGGGGACCACAGGUGGAACCAAGAGACGAUGCUGCCCUUCCUCAUGUCCUACUUCUCCUCCGACAGCAUCCUCACAGAUUAUCUUGAAGAUGAAAGCCAGAUCCUGACAAAGCAGAGGGAAAAACACGGCAGCCAGCAGCGAGCUUUAGAGGCUCAGAAGCGUGUUGAAAGGAAAGCCAGGGAGGCCUCGGACCUUAUGAUGGAUCCUCCAGUGCAGCCCACUGUGCAAGAAGAGGAGGAAGAAGAAGAGGAGGGAGAGGAGCCGCUGGAUGAAGCCGUGACAGAUGAAGAGGAGGAAGGUGCGGAGGGAGCGGCAGCAGCAGAUGAGAUGGGCAGUAAGACCUCCGAGCCGAGUCCUUGGGCCAAACCUGAAGUGGGUCGACGGCAGCAGCAGGCCCACCAAAAGCCGAGCAUUGUGGGGAUGAGGAUGCGAGACACGCAGGAGGACAUUGUGGAUCUGGACUCAUUUGUCAACCAGCACUACAAGGCCAAGGCGCUGCUGUUGGCCGCCUCCACCCGAGUCAAACAGCGCACCCUGCAGAGGAAGGAGGAGCAGGAGCCCGGGCCUGUGUUCGGGCUCGGCAUGGAGCUGGACGCGGGACUCGGGAUGGUCGGUCUGCAGCCUAUGGAGUCUGACUUUGACCUGGACGGUGGGCAGAAGAGGAAGUGGCAGCAAAAGCGAGAACUGACAGGCCAGUACUUUGGCGAGGAGUCGAGACACAAGAGUCACUUGAUGUCUAUGCUGAGCAUCGGAUUCUCCAGAGUGGACAUCAGCCUGUGUGUCAUUCUUUACUUCCUGUCCUUUAUGUGUCUACUCGCCAUGUACCUGUUCUACAAAAAACGCUUCAGGCUACGGCGGGAUAAAUUAUCCCUGCCCUGAACCGGAGAGUGUCCAGAUCUGAGCUGAGUCACAGCCAUGAUUAACAUUCAUUAGGUUCAUGUAGGCUACGGUCGGGGUUAGUGUAAGGGGAUGUGUCAAGAUUAAAGUCAUCUUAAGGUGGUCCACUUAACUGUUACCUUCUGCGAAAGAAGCCGGGGACAUCUGAAUGUUAUGGAAGUGUCUAACUAGAGGAGGAAGGGAAAAUUAGUAUCUUUUACAUUUUUGAAAAUCAUGGGAGUUGUGUAUCCUUGCACUUAAUCCGUCCUCCAGAGCCUGAAGGCAGCAUUGUGACUGUGGUUCACAUAUAUAUCCAUGAGUGGGUUUCUGUUUGGGAUUUGUGCUUAAGUUAAGGAUAAAGCUAAUUGUUUUUAUUUUGAUUUACCACUUAUGAAGGAUGAAAUGAAUUUUACUUUUUUAUUUGUAUGAAAUAAAUCAAUAAUCAUACGUUUUUGAGAGGUGGAGGUUGUUCAACAGAAUUAGUUUUUGUUGUUUUUUAUUUUUUGAAGUUAUGGAAGCCUCCUAUUACUUCGCUCUGUACUAUGACCAAAAAAAAGCUUCUCUAAUGAUUUGUAUAUAGUUACAUGUAAAUAAUAUUUGAAUCAGUGGAUUUAAAUUCUCAAAUAGGUGAUUUUCUUUCGGGGAUUUCAAAAGUAAUGAUCUUAAAUUACAGAUUUAAGACAACUGUCACUUUUCUGUGAGUUAUGUUAAGUAAUGGGAUGUCAAAAACACAAUCCCAUCACCUAAAUUCUAUGUGAGUGUUUGUUGAAUACUGUGACUGGACCAGAAGCUGCUCAGUCGCUUUCUCCGGAGCUGAUCAGCCCUUUGUUCUUCAGCGCCUUUGAGUAGGUCUACAUUACACUGAGUUUUACAUCACGUCUUUGAGUAUGACAUCACACUGCUGAGCCUACACGACAGCUACUGGUGUUUAUGAAGUGUUGCGGAGCGAUGCAUAUGUUCACCCUGGACAAGGUUUUAGAAUAAGCAGGAUUUGUUUUUGGCUGGUGUCCACGAUGUGAAGAUUGUGCUGACCAUCACUGUGUUUUUCCUCACUGCUUCUGUCUGAAUCAAUAAAAUUAUUUUUGAUAAGGA